CUUCUUUUUCAGAUCAACUGUUGAUGUGUUUAGUUUUCUUUACAUAUGUACAAAGUCUGCUAAUUACACUCAAACAAAUCAAAAAUGCGUUCCACAUUCUUUCUCAUUGUCGUUGUUGCUGCCCUUGUUGCUAUUGCUUCUGCUGCCAAGUUAUCCACAGUAUCUCCCAGCAAAAAACCUCUUAUCAAGACUCUCAGCAAGGUCAGUCUUCCUGCUUCAUCUAGCAAAAGGAUGGCAAUAACCAAGAAGCCCGUCCUUACUUCCACUACCAGAAAACUCACUCCUUGGCAAUCGCAUUCUAAUGAUCCCAAGUGGAGAGCUUCUUAUAAGUACUGCCAUCUAAAUAAUCAUCCUCCCCGUCAUGAUCCUCGCAAGCCUAUUACUACUCGUUCUUGUCCCCUUUAA